AUGAGAUCAACCUGCACUGCUGCAGCUCUCGCUGCAAUUUGUUCUCUUUCUGUCCAUGCUGACUCAGGGGCGCCAAAUGCCGAAACUCCCAAAUUUACUCCAUCCUCAGUGGUAGGUCACUUUGUUGAACAAUUUACGAGUGAUUGGUCAACUCGAUGGAGUCCCUCGGAGGCAACCAAACAAACAAGCACUGGCGGCGAGACGUUCAGUUACGUCGGAAAGUGGGAAGUGGAAGAACCCACUGUGCUGCCAGGAAUCGAAGGUGACCAGGGUCUGGUGGUCAAGAGUCCCGCUGCCCAUCACGCCAUCUCUGCCCCAUUUGCUAAAAUUCUUGACAAUAAGGACAAGACAUUGGUCGUCCAAUAUGAAGUCAAGCUACAAAAUGGGCUGGAGUGUGGUGGAGCUUAUCUGAAAUUACUCAAGGAAUCCCCCACUGGGAUUCAGGCCCAAGAAUUCUCUGACAAGACCGAGUACUCGAUCAUGUUUGGACCCGAUCGAUGUGGUGCCACCAACAAAGUGCACUUUAUCUUCCGUCACAAGAACCCAAAAACUGGCGAAUAUGAAGAGAAGCAUUUCAACAACGCACCUGCCAUCAAGAACGUCAAGACUACAUCCCUCUACACCCUCAUCGUUCGACCUGAUCAGACUUUUGCGAUCAAGAUUGAUGACGAAGAAGUUAGCAAGGGAAGUCUGUUGGAAGACUUUGAGCCGUCUGUCAACCCACCCAAGGAGAUCGACGACCCUGAGGACAAGAAGCCUGAAGAUUGGGUAGAGGACAGCAAGAUUGUUGACCCCGAGGCCAAGAAACCGGAAGAUUGGGAUGAAGAAGCGCCCCGAGAAAUCCUCGAUGAGGAUGCUGUGAAGCCUGCGGGUUGGUUGGAUGAUGAACCUCUAACUAUCCCUGACCCAGAUGCCGAAAAGCCCGAGGAAUGGGAUGAUGAAGAGGACGGAGAUUGGGUCCCACCAAGCGUUCCCAACCCCAAGUGUGAAGAUGCCCCAGGAUGUGGAGCAUGGGUCCGACCGAUGAAGUCUAACCCUGCUUACAAAGGAAAAUGGGUCCCACCAAUGAUCGACAACCCGGCUUACAAGGGUGUUUGGUCGCCACGAAAGAUCGCAAACCCGAACUACUUUGAAGACAAGACGCCCUCCAACUUUGAGCCGAUGGCUGGAAUUGGUUUUGAGCUCUGGACAAUGCAAGAGAAUAUCUUAUUCGACAACAUCUACAUUGGUCAUUCGGAAACCGAUGCUGCGGCUUUGGCCAAAGACACAUACCACGUCAAGAUCGCUGUUGAAAAGAAACUGGAAGAUGCCAGCAAGCCUGAGGAACCCAAGCCAUCGACAGAAGGCAUCCCCACAUUUGCUGAAUCGCCCAUUCAAUUUGCCCGUGGCCACGCGAAAGCAUUUAUUGACCUGGCCAUGAUUGACUUCAGAUCCGCAGUCAACCAGAUGCCAUCAACCGCCAUGGCUAUGGGAGGAUUGCUCGCCACUAUCAUUGGAGCCCUUUUCCUUGUUCUCACUGGCUCAAGUGCCCCCGCAACCAAGAAAGUCAAGAAAACAAGCAAGAGCAGCACAUCCAAAGACAAGGCUGCUGCUGACAAGGCUGCUGAUGCACCUGUUGCAGGUGAUGCUGAUAACACUGAAGGAUCAUCUGACGUUAGGAAGCGCAAAUAG